AUGGCCUCUUCCCUCGCGGCGCAGUUGUCGCAAAUUGCGGCCAAGUCGACCAAUGAGCUUGACCUCAAGGCUCAGCGUCUUUCCCACCAGCAAUCGCUGAUCUUCGACCGGAAAAUUGCCGGUUCGCAAGACUUCGAUACCGUCUAUGAUAUCUGUUAUGAAGGUUUCCGGGAGCUUUGUUCUCUGGAUCCUCGAUUCGAGGACUUCGGGCGCACAGUUUUCAGUGAACAGAGCAAGGCGGAGGACCGGACGCAACUCAGCGCCAUCCAGAACCAGGAGCUCGAUGCCGUCAUUGAAGGCUUUCUUGGUCUUGUCGGGGGCCGAUUGCAACUGAGUCCCGCGGUCAAAGCUGUGGACUGGUUGGUCAGACGUUUCCGGGCUCACGAAUAUAAUACCGCUUGCAUGAUUCUCACCUUCCUCCCUUAUCACACGACCCCCCUUUUCUUGAACCUGCUCUCGAUUCUCCCCAGUGAUUUGACUUCGACAUUCAAAGUUCUUUACCCAUACAAGACCGGCUUGGUCAACCCACCGCGCCACCCUCUCGUACACAGCGCUACCACGAACAAGCCGUUUUUCGCAGCUUUGAAUGACUAUGUUAUCAAGGUUUGCCGGCAGCAAGCCCAGAGCCACACGCUGCUUUCCUUUUGGGCCGGUAUCAUCACAGAGGCGGUGGCGGGUAUGCUAGAUGUUGCUCGCUCGGGAAGGAGAGAAGCCGAGAAGCAGAAGCACGAGGACAUCAUCAUUCGCGUCCUGCCCGUUCUUAGCUCUGCUUUCGCGAUGAAGAAAAUCCCAGAGUUGAUCAUCAGUUGCUACAUGAUCUCCGUCGUCCUCGCACAGAAAGCCACCCUCGCAGAAGACGUUCUCAACGGUCUAAUGGAGAGUGUUGUUGCCUCUUGGACAGAAGAAACCAUCAGCUCAGGCCUCAUUUGUUUGUCCGUCCUGGCUCAGCAGAAGUCCACGGCUACUCUUCCAAAGAAAGUUUUCAAGGCCAUCUAUCGCCUCGAAAACCCCAUGCAGCAGCUUUCCGAAGUCACCGCACAGUACCAGACAUCUAAACUUUUGCUUGGUCUUGUUGGCGGCUGUGUUAGCGACUUGGACAAGCAGAAAGAUAACACUCGCCUCGCAUUACUGUCAUCUAUCUUUGAAAAUGCCGCCUUCGGAGAAGAUGAAACCAAGGAGGCCAUGACCAUGGUUCUAAAGGCCGCUAGCGAUUCCGAUGAGACUCGCGGCAUGUCCCUUGAUGCUCAGACACAGCUUGCUGAACUGGUUCAAGGGUUCGCCCGCUCAAGCUCUUUCCAGCCCAUCUUCCAGAAGGCUUUGGCUGAGUCCUCCUUCAAUAUCCAGGCUCUGGAGCAUAAUUUGCAGACCGUGGUCGAGGCCCCAAUUCCGACCCCGGCCAUUGAGGAUGUUGAUAUGCAGGAUGUUGACGAAUUGGAUGUGGAUACUUUCACCCCGGCGGCAGAGGCUUUGGCCAAGGAGCCCUUGUUCCCUGAAUCCUUCCUGAGCAAGCAAAUCAUUCCAGAAUUUGACAGCCUUGUGCAAGUCUUCGCGCUGGCUGUUGAUUCUGAGGCGAGACUCGAGCAGUUCACAAAUUUGCGCAUCCUUGGAAAGGCCAAUGCAUCGAAGAGCGCUCAGUACAUGUCGUUCUUGACCCGUGUCCUGUCCGGUUCCUUCCCUCUGGGCACUAGGGUUGCGGCUUUGGGAGCUCUCUCUUCAGCGCUUCAAUCAGUCUCUGGUGAUUUCGACCCCCAGGCACUGCUGCCGUACCUGCUUGCCGCCCUUUCUGACCCCUCUGAGCGUAUUCGACGUGAGGCGGCUGGUGUUUUGACUCUUGUCGGUUUCAUCUACAAGGAAAACAAGGCUGAUUGCAAGCCAUGGGCACAAGAUAUGAUCUAUGGCAAGGGCAAGCAGUCGUCUGGUGUUUCUUGGUUGCCAGCUCAUGAUGUCAAGAAGGUCAUGGAGCGCGCAUUGCUUCCAGGACUAGAAGAAUAUACUCUUGAUCCCGAACAUAUUGGCAAGGUCCUUGAUGCGAUGAUGCGUGGAUCUGUUAUUUCGGAAGAAUCUGGCGCAUCUGAACUAAAGAAGUCUCUCCGGCAAGGUUUCUUCGCUUUCCUGUCAACGCACGUUAUUUGCAUGCCCGUCUAUACUCCCAAGUUCGCUCUGUUGCGUCUUCUCAAUCGCAUCAAGAAGGUUCCGGGCUCUUCUCGUACCAAGGAACUUCUUCCCUUCCUUGAGAACUGGCGUGCUCUGACUCAGAAGGAGGUCGAUGAUAUCUGCACCAAAGAGCGUCUUUCUACUUCAGAAACAGAGCAGCAGGUUGUUGCAAUCGUUUCACCGAAGGAGGCCGAUCCUAUCAACACCCUUUUGACCCAGGUAAACCCGGCUAGCGAUGCCUUGCGACCAUCCUUUGUCGCUGCUGUAUUUGCCCGCAUCAAGGAAAUUUGGGCAAAGGUUCCAGAGGAAACCCAAGUGGGCGCAGCGGAGAAGCUUUUGGAUUUUUCGCUUGGACUUGCCUCGGGCGAGGUCUCCUUGGCAGACAACUGCCGUGACGUCCUUCGCAGUGUCGAGCUGUCUGGUCCUAUUCUGGUGACCUUCGUCAAGAAGAUUCCUGCCUCAUUGACCGAUAUUGAGUCUCUUGGCCCUGCUCCCAAGCGGAGACGUACCAGCCAGAACAACAUGAUUGCCAUGACCGUCAAGGACGAGUCAGAGCUUGCCAAGCUUAUGGACAAAAUGACUUUCAUCCUGGAGGUGAUUGAUAACUCAAGCCCCGAUGCUCACCCAGAGCUGGCCGACGGCCUUUUCCAGACUCUUGCUGCUCUUCACCACUUCAAGUCUCAGAUCCAGUCUGGAAUGAGCUACCUACUGAGCUUGACCCUGGGCAGCCUGUUGGCAAUCGUGAACAAGUCCAAGGGAUCAGCCAAGCCUUUGUUUGACACCUCGGUUAUCCGGGCCGACUUGGUUGUGGACUGCGUUCGCACCACAGAUAGCCCCCAGGUCCAAAAUGCGGCUCUCCUGCUCGUUGCCGGCCUAUCUGUCAUUGCCCCAGAGCUUGUUCUUCACAGUGUCAUGCCCAUCUUCACAUUCAUGGGGUCUAGUGUCCUCCGAAAGGAUGAUGACUACUCUGUCUCUGUCAUUGAUCAAACUAUUGAUCAGGUUGUUCCGGCUCUCAUUCAAUCGCUCCGCAACCAAAAGCGUGACAUUGUGUCUGGAACUUCUGAGUUACUGCUCAGCUUCACAGCGGCAUUCGAGCACAUCCCCUCGCAUCGCCGUCUCCGUCUGUUCCAUGCAUUGAUCAGCAAGCUUGGCACCCAGGACUUCCUGUUCGCUGUUCUUGCAAUGCUUGCCAACCGGUAUUCCACCGACAAGGAUGUCUUAACUCUGAUGACUGGUGUCGCCUCAGACACCACUCCUGUUGUGGAGCUCACCACCUAUAGCAAGUACCUUAACCUGAUUCUCGACUCUUUCGAAGCCAAGCCGACUAUCUCUGCUGUCCUUUUGGGAAUAGGCAGUGAAGAUGGCCGUGAUCCUCAGAAGGUUGCAGUAGAUCUGCUGCGAGACUUGGCACACCUGCUCAAGCACUCGUCUCUCAAGUCAAAGCUGGAGACAGCAUUUGAGACUGAAGGCACCACGACCGAUCAGGUUCGCGCUUGCUUCUCUCGGGUUCUCGGCCAGGUUCUCGCCCUUGGCGAAUCCGUGCAGAACAUGAAGCCUCAAUCGAGCGAUGACCUGCGCCGCAAGGUUCUCCGCUUGCUGGAAAACCGACUUCGCCAAACCCCCGAGCGUGACAGCGAGUCUCAGCUUAAGGUCCUUGACUUCCUUCCUACUCUGGUUGGUAUCGUCCAGUCCUCGCCCGACUCGCUUCUCAAGCAUGCUGCCGUCGCCUGCAUUGAUCGAAUCACCGAAAAGUAUGGUCGCAAAGAUCCCUCUAAGGUCAUUGCUGCUGCUCAGGUUGUCGCCAGUCCCUCUUGCCUUGGCGAGUCUGAUGAGCGCAUUCGCAUCAUGGGUGUUCUCUGUCUGGCCUCAAUGGCCGAGGUUCUUGGUGAGGCCAUGAUUCCGGCUCUCCCCAAUGCGCUCUCUCAGUCUUUGAGCCUGUUGGAGCUCAGCAUGACCCCCGGAAAGGAGAACUCACGACUUCACGAUGCUGUCUUCUCCCUUUUCUCUGCCUUAUUUGUCAAUCUGCCAUUCAUGAUGUCGGCUAGCCACCUUGACAAGAUUCUGCUGCUCUCUUUCAAGUCUACCAACGCAGAACUUGAAGACAACUCCGAGGACAGCCGCCUGGAAACACUUCGUCUGAUGGCCUCACGCAAGAUGGAUAUGACUGCUACCCUCGGUGCCAUUGACCGCAAUUGGCAGCAAGCUGUGGCAGCUGGUCCCACCGCGGUCAACGAGGUCCUGGAGAUCCUCAACCUUGCCGUCGAGAAGAACAGCAAGGCAGUUGUCGUGAAGAACGUCGGGGUCCUCUCUAACAUUUUGUUCAAGGCCUUUGACCUGCGCCGGGAGCAAGUUGCUCUGGGCGAUGGUGCCAACUUUGAUGCUACUGACUUGGACGAAGCUGAGGGUGCAUUGAAUGAUGUCACAAUUAAGAUGAUCUAUAAGCUCAACGACAGCACUUUCCGACCCCUCUUCAUCAAGUUUGUUGAGUGGGCCACCAACGGUGCCUCCAAGAAGGAUGAGCAGGGUCGUGUGUCCCGUCUUACGACCUUCUACAAGUUCCUCCAGGGCUUCUUCGGCACUCUUCAGUCUAUUGUCACCAGCUAUUCUAGCUACAUCCUGGAGAAUGUUAUCGAGAUCAUGGGCUCAACUGGUCCGGCCAAGGCCACUAGAGCCCUCUGGCUGGCUUCUCUCCGGACUCUUUGCAACUCUUUCCAGCAUGACCAAGAUGAAUUCUGGCAAUCUCCCUCCCACCUCGCUAGCAUUUCUGGUCCCCUUAUUGCCCAGCUGGCUCACGCAACCACCAAGAAGACGGCUGAGUUGGUGAUCGAAGAGGUGGUCCCCGCCAUCACAGACCUCGCCAUCGCUGCUGACUCCACCGACAACCACAAGGAGCUUAACAACGCUCUGAUGAAGUACCUCCGACCUUCAUCCGCCCCUAACGCCAAGUCGGCUGGUGGCGAUAACGCCUUCACUCGCCUUGUCGCCCUGAAGGCCGAGCAGGCGCUCACUGAGCAACUUGGCGAGGAGUGGCUUGCCCUCCUCCCUGAGAUGUUGCCUUAUAUCAGCGAGUUGAUGGAGGAUGAGGACGAGAGUGUUGAAAGGGAGGUCCGCAAAUGGGUGAAGCAGAUUGAGGGUGUGUUGGGAGAGCGACUUGAUGAUAUGUUGACCUAA